UGAGCAGGUCGGGUCGGAUCGGAUUUUCUUCCCCCCAUUCUUUCCUCUUCUCUGAUCGAACGAAGAAAACUCUUCUUUUCUGCCCUAAAUUCUCCGACACUUCUCCGAUUGGAAGCCCUUCUUGUCGUCCUUCUUCAGCCGUAGCUUCUCCGAUUGCAAUCCUCCCUUGAGUGUUGAGUCCUUUCUUCUCGUUCUUCUUCUGUGGAGCUGGAGCUGGAGCUGCUGUGGAGUGUGGGAGCGGAGCCGCUGCGGAACGCCGGAACUGCUGCGGAGCCGGAGCUGGAGUUGUCGAGCUGCUUCGGAGUUGGAGCUGCUGCGGAACGCUGGAACUGCUGCGGAGCUGUUCUGCUUCGGUCUGCUGCCGGCUUGCCUUCUUCUCUGGGUUCGAGCUGCUCUGCUUCGGUUUGCUGAGCUCCUGAGCAGUCAAAUGCAUCAACGGCUGUCCCUGUUGACCGUAAGAAUCAUUGGAAAUGCCAGUGCUAAUGUCACCGGUCACUCAGUUUUGCACUCUCAGUUCAGUCACUUCCGGCCAGGGAACAGUGGGUUUGCUUUGUUCCGUUUCCUUUCGUUCCCAAUGAUGCACCGCCGAGCGCCGCCUGAUCCUGAUGACCCAGCCAAUCUGUUGAAGGAAGAUGGGGUCUCUGUUUGCUCCCAGAUGUGGAUUGAGAAUUUCCGGGAACCUGAUCGGAUAGUCAGCAAUCUGAGCUCGUACCUCCGACGAUUUGAGCUGUGGGUGCUGGCCUAUCAGAAAGUUUGCAUCGAUGAGACGGGCUCUUACAUGCCAAAGAGCUCAAUCCAGAGGCCUGCCCUGGAGGAUCUGUUAGCCCUUAGAAAUGCUGUACUUGAUAACAGGUUCAAGUGGGGUGCCAGGUUAGACUUCUUCAUAAAGUCCCCCAAGGAUAAGACCGAUUAUCAGGCCUUGUCGAAGAGGAAGAUUAAGGCUCUCUUGACUACGACGCAGCCCACCCCUUUUCAGGAUCGGAUUGUUCAGGAGGUUUUAUUGAUGAUUUUGGAGCCAAUUUACGAGUCAAGUUUUUCACAGAAAUCUUUUGCUUUUAGGCCUGGGAGGAAUGCUCACACUGUGUUGAGGGUGAUUAGGAGGAGUUUUGCAGGGUAUUUAUGGUACAUAAAGGGGGACUUGAGCACAAUACUGGAUGGGGUUAAAGUAGGCUUGGUUAUUGGGUCUUUGAUGAGGGAUGUAAGGGAUAAGAGGGUGAUUGAUUUGAUUAAGAGUGCGCUCGUCACACCCGUGAUUACUACUAAGAUUGAUGAUGGUGAGAAGAAGAAGAAGAAGAAGAGGAAGUACCAGAAGAAGAGGGUGUUAGCUGAGGAUGAACCCAAGCCCGAUCCUUAUUGGUUAGAAACCUUUUUUGGAUUUGCUCCUGAGGAAGCAGAAAAACGACCGAAUUGGGGACACUGCGGGAUUCUUUCUCCUCUGCUGACUAAUAUAUGUCUCGAUGAGUUGGACCGGUGGAUGGAGACCAAGAUUAAGGAGUUCUACAAGCCUUCAAAGAGCGAUGUUAUUUGGAACUGCCCAGAAGGAGAGCAAGAACACGGUAAUACCUCUUGGCCUGAGUUUGUGCCCACUAGCGGGCCUGACAAGACUCGGAAGAUGGACUAUGUGCGGUAUGGUGGCCACAUAUUGAUUGGUGUUCGUGGGCCCAGAGCUGAUGCAGCGACUCUGAGAAAGCAGCUGAUUGAGUUUUGCGAUCAGAAGUACAUGCUCAAGCUCGAUAACGAGACCCUCCCUAUCGAGCACAUCACAAAGGGGAUAAUGUUUCUCGAUCAUGUGUUGUGUAGAAGAGUAGUCUACCCGACUUUAAGGUAUACUGCGACUGGAGGGAAAAUUAUUAGUGAGAAGGGAGUGGGGACACUCUUAUCAGUAACUGCAAGCUUGAAACAGUGUAUUAAGCAGUUCAGGAAGUUGAAAUUUCUCAAGGGGGACAGAGAUCCUGACCCCCAGCCCUGUUUCAGGAUGUUCCACGCAACUCAGUCCCACACCAAUGCCCAAAUGAACAAGUUCUUAUCGACCAUGGUGGAAUGGUACCGAUUUGCGGAUAAUCGCAAGAAAGUGGUGAACUUCUGUUCGUAUAUUAUUAGAGGUUCUCUUGCAAAACUUUAUGCUGCUAAAUACAAGCUCCGCUCUAGAGCUAAGGUGUACAAGAUCGGGUCGAGAAAUUUGAGUCGUCCACUGAAGGAGAAGAAAGGACAGUCCCCAGAGUACCAUAACCUGCUGAGGAUGGGCCUCGUUGAGUCGAUCGAUGGGCUUCAGUACACAAGGAUGUCUCUUGUUCCUGAAACAGAUUACAGCCUCUUCCCAAGCAACUGGAGGCCCGACCAUGAGAAGGCCCUGUUGGAGUACAUAACACUUGACAACCCAAAGACUCAGGAAGAGCAGCGGAGUUGCAUCCGGGAACAGGGUCUCGUCUCACCUCAGGACUACAUCUCGAUGCUCGUAUGGAAUUAUAAGAGGAAUGCUAUUCCUCUCGAUCAGCUUUCAUUGCUGAAGAGUGUAAAAAACAAUGCCGACUCUGAUCAAAAGUUGCUCCUGAGCUUGGGCUAUGAUAAGGGCAACGGAGAUUCCAAAGAAGAGGAGGAAGAAAAUGAAGGGUUUCAUGUGGCACAAUUGUGAGAUGUGUACUAUUGUUUGAGAAAUUUUUCGAGUUCAGGUAAGGAGGAUGUUAUUAACAUCAAAAUAUAUCAUAAAUUGCACAUUGACUUAGUUUGGAAGAUUUGAUUUGAGUGGUAGUUUUCAUUUGGACUGCUUUGGCCAUCAUCUCUUGCUUACAUGUUUCAUGCUCUAGACAAGCAAUAUAUGCGAAUGAACUUUUUGAACCGGAUGUGUCUAGCGCAGAACCAACCAGUUCAGGUUGGUUCACUCAGUGAACUGGCUAGUUCAUGCUCAAGAUCCAUGUGGCCUUUGGUUGAAUUCAGGAAUGCUGUGAGCAUGGAGUUCUGUUUCUAGAAAUUAAUGGUCCUCUUAGUGCUCUGAUGCUGCUGUGUAUCCUCCAGAGCUGGUCUGUAAUAUUUCACAUCGACAGAAGGAUCAACUUUCCACAAGCUGGUUGCCAUUUGGGAAGAGGAAAUGAAGACCCAAAGAUACUCUGCCAUAGAACCCAAGCCAGAGGCCGAUCUCAAUAAUGUGGUGCAAGCAUCAAACAGCGAUGAGGAAAUUUGUGAUGUAAUUAGCGAAUUAUUGGAUACUUCAGAUGGUCAUACAAGGUCAAGGGAACUGCAAAAAUUUAAAGCUAUAGGAGAACGGUUAUAUAUGAAUUCGUGUUAUGAGGAAAUUGUCUGCUAUGAGUCUAAUAUCCACAUAUCUUAUUUCCAUGUGAUGCCAUUAGACAACGUUCAGUUGGAGAACUGGCUUAAGUAUUUGGACUUCGUGGAGGGCCAAAAGGAUUUUGAAUAGGUAGUUAAACUUUAUGAACGAUGUUUGCUUCCUGCUGCAAAAUUAUUGUGAGUUCUGGAUGUGGUAUGUGGUCUAUGUUUAAGCUAAAGGAGGGGGAGAGAGAGAGAGAGAGAGCAAACUUUGCGUUGGACCAUGCAGCGAAGAUUUUUCUGAAGUCUGCAGAGGAGUACUUUAAGAGUGGUUGGUCUUACUGGCAAUGAAUCACUGCAAUCUUUACAGGCAGUCCUUUUCCUAAUUGAUGGUGCCCCAAACAUCAUUAGGGUGGUUUGUUUGGAAGUGAAGGAGAGGAUUAUCAUAUCAAGUAUGAGGCGAUCUGUUGUGAAAAGUGCAAACAAAUUGAGGUAAUCUGUAGAAAACAUGGAAAGAGAUAACGGUAUCUGAGCUCAUUUGCUGGGGGGACUAAGGUGAUGCAAAAGGUAUCUCAGGGUUGGACACUCUGAUUAUUCAUUGGAGCUGAUCUUUCCCUAGUACUCCGAGAAUGCAGGAAACAGAGUUCCCUUGAGUUUUCUUUGGAAGGUUGAGGAAGCGAUAAGAUCCUUGGGAGCUCAUAAAACGAUGAACUUGUUGGCUUCGGAGAAUUGAUUAAGGUCAUGCUUUGGUUGAUGCCUUUCAAAAUCAAAUAUCCUUCUGUGUGCUUGAAGAACAAUCCAUUAUUCGGGUACCACUUAUCCAAAAAAAGGAAAAAAAUUUGUUGUUUGGGCAGAUAUUUCUAUUAAUUACAAUUCUAAUCAACUUACAGCAUCACGUCAUUAUCACACAAUACGUUUUUCAUAUUUUUAUUUUGUAAAGGUAGAUCCCCUGCUAAGCGGGUCUCGCCCAUAUAGUUUACUAGGGUGAGCUGGUCGGAAUGCGCUGUGCUUUCAUGGUAAACAGACCCUAUAUGUAGUAGAACCAAUGAAUCGUAUGAAUUUGCUCAUUAAUGUGAAGGGGGGAUGUUGCACAAAUCAAAUUCACAUGCCAUGCAUUUGCUCAUUGUUGCCGACUUGCUAAUAAAAAGGGUAAUGUUACGAAAGGGGUUAGAUUUCAUACCAUUGAGGUCAUUUUCCCGUACAAAAGAUCAAACACAGCGUUUUUUCUGAAUUUGCUUGAAGUUUGAAUCUCUAUCGAAUUCGAUGAGUUGGCCUUGUAUUAAUCGAACGUGCUUAUUCAAUAGGCACAUGAACUCUUUGUGAUAACCUUUUUCUAGCGUUUUCUUUCACCCUUAUAUAUGUUGUGAUGAUGCUGUUUUUAUAUUUGGAUGUUUAUGUCAGUAUAUUUAGAUCUUUUAAACCCACAUUUUCCUUCCGCCAAAGAAGGCCCACAUUUUCCUAUAUGGUAAUUUUGGAUUUAGUAUUAACGAGGACCCAUUGCAGAAAAUUGCUGAGAUGCGAAAGAAUUGAAAGUACAUUGUGCUCGAAGAAUUGGACGAUCGAAGGGCAUAAAAAUCACAACUUUGAAAUGCAAUUAUCGGGAGGGAGCUGUCUGGUGGAGGGGGGACGAAACAAACUUCAACGAUUCUGCGUACUAGAGCAGAAGUCCUUUCAUGGAUCGAAUGAAGUUGUAUAUUCCUUAAUCGAACUUCUCUGGUUCUGCCUAGUUUAGGAACUCUACUCUCAAGGUAGGAACAUUUUCUUAGAUAAUUCAUUCCUUAAUUUUUUUUUUCUUUUCGGUAGAAUUCAUUCCUCAAUUUUAAUUUAUAUGCAAUAUCAUAUAGUAUAAAUUUGUUAUCGUAAUUUCUUUAGAAAAAAAAAUAGUGAAUCAUACUAAUUAUAUAUAUUGAGAAAUCAUGCUAUUUUCUUUGA